GUUUACAUUCUUAGUUGCUUCAAUGACGUCGUAUUUUUACUUGUCAAUAUUAGUGAAAAUAUUUUUUUAAUUAUACAUUUAUUUAUAAAAAUGUAGUGUUAAUUAAUUAAUACACCGAGUAAAAAUGCCUCCAUGCCAAGAUAUCAAGCGUCAAGACUCAACACAAAUAAAAAACUUAUAUAAAAACAUCCUUGAAAAAAAAAUCAUCACAGUUCCAGAAACCGGAAAAUCAAAAUGGCUAAUCAACCUGACAAACAAGCAAAUCCCUGUAGAAGUCCUAGAACUGGCCAGCCUGGGGAAGAACUUCGGGCUUCCUCACAAAAACAGACAAAUUCCACUGGAGCGUCUGAUGACUAGCCUAGAGCUGAGUAUCUUGGACUUACCGCGUGAAGACUCGUUCGCGGUGCGAGCUGCUUAUUUAGAUGUAAUAAAUAACUAUUUACGACAACCAGAGACCCCGAUUGAGCUUCAAAGAAAGAUUCACACGACUUCUAAAUUUAUAAAGCGAAACCCCGACAUUAUAUUUCUGAAAGCUGACAAAGGAAACGUUACUGUGAUAAUCAGCCGGGACUUAUACAUUUCAAAAAUGAUGAAUAUACUCAGCGACCCUUACACAUACUGCCCUAUAAAAUACGACCCAACGAAGCACCUCCAGUGGCACGUCAACAAGUUAGUGAUGUCCUGGUGGAAAAAGGAAUAUAUCCCCAGAUCGAUCGGAAGGCGCUUGCAAUCAAAAAGCGGAACAAUCGCCCGCGCUUACGGUCUUCCAAAAAUCCACAAAAAGGACGUUCCUUUUCGCAUAAUCGUUUCCUUCGUCAACACUCCGACUUAUAAUCUAGCGAAAUACUUGCAAGAUAUCUUGAAGACGGCUUUGAAACACCCUUCGCCUGGGCUUGACGCUCUCGAGAAGAAAAACCUUCGGAAAAUUAAAUUCAAGGCAAUAAAUAGUUUGGAAUUGAAGAAAAUACUGACGAGCGCAGAUUUACCCAAAGACUAUUUGAUGAUUUCUAUGGAUGUAGUCUCGUUAUUUACAAACGUACCUUUGGAAUUGGUGAAACAAGGGAUUAGAAAGCGAUGGAACGUGAUAAAACGCUACACUGACAUAGAUUUGGAAUCGUUUAUCGAAGCGAUCGAGCUGUGCUUCACUUCUUCUGCUUUUCUGUUCAACAAGUUUUUCUACCAGCAAAUAUUUGGCGCGGCAAUGGGCUCGCCGUUAUCGUCAGUAGCAGCCGACAUCGUAAUGGAAGAUUUGGAGGACGAGUGUCUCUGUAAACUGGCUCCAGAUAUCUUCUUUUACGUGAGAUACGUCGACGACAUUUUGGCUUUUCUGCCGAAAAACAAAGUUGAGUCUGCGUUAAGAACUUUCAAUAGCUUCCACAACAGGCUGCGGUUUACUGUCGAGCGCGAGGAAAAUUCCCGGAUUAAUUUUUUGGAGCUUACUUUAAUCCGCACUGACACUGGCAGGAUUGAGUUUGACUGGUACAGAAAACCUACGGCCUCUGGGAGAUACUUGAAUUACGAGUCUCAUCAUCCCUUGGUGCAGAAAGUCAGCAUGAUGCGGGGAUUAAUUGACAAGGCUGUUUUGCUGGCUGAGGACAAGUUUCACUUGAAAAAUUUGGCGUUCGUGAGACAGUCGCUACUCAACAAUAACUAUCCGAUAAAAUUGAUCAAGGAUGUUAUUAACAGACGGGUCACGCAAUUGAGAUUUCGUUCUCGAAAUUUAGGAGUUAAAGAAAUCGACAAUGCCGCUCUUGUCGAGAAGGAUAAGCUUGUAAAAGUGGAGAAGAAAUCCGUCUGCUUGCCAUAUAUUAAGUAUUUGUCAGAGUCACUGAAGAUAGCGAUACGCAAAUUCAAUAUUCGCCUCAGUUUUAAAAACUCUUAUAAUUUGUCCUGGCUUUUUAGAGGACACAAAGAUUCGCUUCCGGCUUAUGAAAAAUCCUGCGUUAUUUAUGCAGUUCCUUGUUCUGAGUGCGAUUAUGUCUUCGUGGGACAUACGAAGUACAAGUUGAAAACUGCUUUGAUGAAACACUGGCAAGAUUUGAACUAUCCGAUCACAAUUGUUGAUGACGCGCUCAUUGAACACGCGUUCGGUUGCAAACAUUAUUUUGAUCUUAAAGGAACUAAAAUUUUGGACUCUGAGCCAGUUUCUUGGAUAAGAGAUUAUCUAGCCGAGUUUUAUCGGGUUAAAUUGAACAAUUAUUAUUGUUAUGAGUCAUACGAUCUCAAAUAAAUGUUAAAA